GCAGCGCUUCUCGCGCAUGCGCAGUGGGCACCCGGCUGUCACAGCUGGGUGCCCACAGUGAAGGGAGGACAACUCUGCGGAAGUGGGAGCGGGUUCGCAGUCUCUGGUCAUCCCCUGUACUGUCUGCAGUCUCUUGGUCACCCCCUGUACUGUCUGCAUUCUCUGGUCAUCCCCUAUACUGUCUGCAGUCUCUGGUCAUCUCCUGUACUGUCUGCAGUCUCUUGUCAUCCCCUGUACUGUCUGCAAUCUCUGGUCAUUCCCUGUACUAUGUCCGCAGUCUCUGGUCAUCUCCUGUACUGUGUUCGCAGUCUCUGGUCAUCCCCUGUACUGUGUCCGCAGUCUCUGGUCAUCCCCUGUACUGUGUCCGCAGUCUCUGGUCAUCCCCUGUACUGUGUCCACAGGCUCUGGUCAUCCCCUGUACUACGUCCGCAGUCUCUAGUCAUCUCCUGCACUAGGUACGCAGUCUCUGGUCAUCUCCUGUACUGUGUCCGCAGUCUCUUGUCAUCUCCUGUACUGUGUCCGCAGUCUCUUGUCAUCUCC